UUUUAUUUUAUUAUUUUAUUUCGAUCCUAAUACAGACUCUCCGAACCGCCAAAUCCUCGGGGUGCCUUCGGGAUACCUGCGGUAUUUUAAAUUAAUUCGUGUCCUUCCAGAAAAACCUUUUCCUAGGACAAGUUCCUUGACUAGUAUCGCGACGGAGCCAAAUAUCUAGAAGGUUCGAAAAUGGCCAGCUCUGAGUGAACGUUGAAUGAAACAGUGUAAUGUGACGUGCACGAAAUUGUGGUCUGAAGCAGGAUUGAAUUUGUAAUUCUUAAUGAAAAAUACCAUGUCUUAUGUUGGAGAGUUGAAAAUUUUCCCCGUUACGCUCAUCCCAGUGCGCCCGAGGAGCGAUUUGGAAUGCGGAGGAAAGGUGGUACUGCCGGCGACCGUUCUGGACAUCCUCACCAGCAGGACGAAUAACAUCUUCGCCCCGAUGCUUUUCAAGCUGACCAACCCCGAGACGAAGAAGUUCACGCACUGCGGAGUCCUUGAGUUCAUCGCGGACGAAGGUAGCAUAAACGCCCCGUCUUGGGUCCUGGACCUUCUCGAUUUCAAGUGCGGAGCCAAGGUGAAAGUGGAGUCGAGCGUCCUGCCGACUGCCACGUUCUCACGUUUUCAGCCGCAGUGCGUCGCCUUCCUAGACAUCUCCAACCCCAAAGCCGUGCUGGAGAACUACCUGAGGAACUUCUCCUGUCUGACGGAAGGGGACGUCAUCCCGAUCCACUACAACAACCGCCUCUAUCAGCUCAAAGUCGAAGAGACGAAGCCGAGCUCGGCCGUGGCGAUAGUCGAGUGCGACAUGGAAGUGGACUUUUCACCGCCCGUCGGGUACGUCGAGCCUGAGAGACCGAAACCACCGCCUCCGGAGCCCGACCCUGAGGACGCGUCUCUCUUCAGGCCAUUCAGCGGAACGGGAUACCGCCUCGACGGCAAAAAACCGAAGGAAGUGAAAACGGACACACCCCACGAGCCGCAGGUCGUUCGAAGAGGCAUCCCCGACUACAAUUACGAAUACGGAACCAUCGAGUUCUUCAGGAAUAACCUUGCCGAGCCCAGUUCCAAUACAAAACCGAAAACAGUUGAGAAGGACUUCAAAGCCUUCUCCGGCAAAGGGAGGAGCUUAGACUGAGAAUCUCACAUCGGAACUAAAUGUCAAAGGGAGGAAAAACAAUUAAUUUUUAUUCGUUUGUUUAAAUAAAAAUUAUUUAUCUGUUUUAAAAAUAUUAUUGAAGUGGACAGAUUAUCUAUCCUAU